ACUGUCAGCUGCUCAGUCCAAGAUGGCGCUGUCCUGUCGGGGAAUAUGCCGCGGGGCUUCAGUGAUCUUACUGUAUGGAAAACAACCUGUCAGGGUCAAAGCAAGUCUCUGUACUCCUAGAUUGGCUUCCACAAAACCCAGCAGUCUGUGGUUUGUCAGACACUACUCACCUUCACAAGCAAGACACGGGAUUGGUCGAAGCAUUGUGUCGAGUCUAAAGUGGGCCAAUGAGAAGUACGAGAGAUUCCUGCAGCGGCGCUUCCCUCGCUUUUUUGUCCUCUAUCAGACUUUCAUGAGAGGUUUUCUGCUUUUUUGUAAAGGCUUCAGACUCCUGUUUGAAGAUGGUAAAGAAGUGCAGAAAAUCGUGUUCCGCAUGCUCAGUGACAAAACUAGCCACCCCAAUUUGCCUUACCGGGAUAUGGAGAAAAUCAGACAGGUCCGCAGGGACUUAAUCAAAGCCAUUCCCCUGGUCAUCCUGUCAAUACCUCCAUUUGCCAACUAUCUGGUCUUCAUGCUUAUGUACCUUUAUCCUCGACAGCUUCUCAUCCGGCACUUCUGGACCCCUCAGCAGCUGGUGGAGUUUCAGGGGGUCUAUCAUAACCAGAGGGCACGUCAUCACUGGGCUGUGGUCAAAGGGCUGGAAAGCACAUCAAAUUCUGUCCAAGACACCCGACUGAAAAGACACCUGCUGGAGCUCUGCAGUAAGGUGCGAAGUGGAGUCCAUCCUGUAGUGUCUGAUGUCCACGCUGUGAGAACAUUGUUCUCUGGACCUCCCUUGGGUAUCAAGAAAAUGUAUGCAGAUCAGAUGAGACAUCUCUGUCCAUUGCUCUUCUUGACGCCUCGUCUCCCGGCCUUCUGGAUCAGUGGACGCUUGAACAGUCACGCCUUGGAACUCAUGCAGCUCGAUCGUGCCAUUAUUCGAUUGGGCUUGCACCAGUUAAACGACUCGGAGCUCAGAGAGGCUUGUUUUGUGAGGGGGCUGAAUCCAGAGCGUCUGAGUCCAGGACAGUUACGAGAGUGGCUCACACAGUGGUUGCAGUUCUCAGCACACCUCCGAGAGUCAGAGACUUCGCUGUAUCUGCACUGCAUGGUUCUGCUCACGGUAAACUACCCAAAACAGCAAAGGCACUGACCUCCAGAGGAAGAACACCACUUCUCUUUCUAACACCCGGCUCUGAAACAUCCACAUCCAAAGGCAAAGCACCAUGGGAACAAACACAAACUUAUAUGCAAAUCCGACAUACAUUUUUUUGUAGUUUUUCUUUCAUAAUCAGAGAAAUUUUGUACGUUUCUGUGAUAUUUUUCGUGAAACUGUCGUGCUUUAAAAAGGUUCCUGUGGCAAUGAAUCUAAUUUUGUUUACAUGAGGGAAGAGAAUAUUGGGAGCUCAUUGGGAUACUGGAAUUUGUGGAAUAGUUUCAUUAGUUCCAUAGAGAUUGGGUGUGUGGAUAGAGAAGUAUAUUAGAGGUAGUUUAUUAAAAUGAAAAUUACCUCAUCAUUUAUUCUCCCUCAUGUGGUUUUAAACCUUUAUGAGUUUCUAUUUUGAAGAAUGCUUGUUGCUCAUCAACUUCCAUAGCAAUUUUUUUCCUACUAUGGAAGUCAAUGGGUACCAGCAUUCUUUAAAACAUCUUUUGUGUUCAACAGAAGAAGGAAGCUCAGAUAGGUUUGAAAGAAGUGAUAUGUGAGUAAAUAAUGGCAGAAUGUUCAUUAUUGGGUGAACUGUAGCUUUAAUACUACAUUCAACAAGAUACAACCCAGCAAGCAUUUUUUAUUUUUUAAAAGAUGUCUAAUAGACGUCAAAACAUAGUCGUAUUGGCUAAAACAAGGCUAAAUUUGGGCUGUCAGUGAAAAAUCUAACAGAUGUCUAAGAAUAGUGCAAAACUAGACUAGUCAUCAAAUAAACUGAAAUGAAUGACUACACAUAUAAAGUCUGUCUAUUUGACUACUAGUCUAGGGCUAUUCUUAGAUGUCUAUUAGAUUUUCCCCCAAAUUUAGCCUUGUUUUUUCCAAGCUGUCUAGGUUUAGAUGUCUAUUAGACGUAUAUUAAACAUAAAAUUGUUUGCUAGGAAAGCACACUGCAAAACACAUGCCAAAUACACCCAUGUGGAUUUAAAGUUCACUGCUCUUAUCAUUUUUCAUUCAGAAUAUUAAUUAUUAGUGCUGGGAAAAGAUUAAUCGCAUCCAAAAUAAACGUUUGUUUUCACAUAAUAUAUGUGUAUUAUAUAUUUAUUAUGUAUAUGAGAUAGAAACAAAACUAUACAAAACAAUUUUGUUACACAGAUAUUUAAAUUUAUAUAUAAUUUGUGUCAUAUACACAUAUAAUUUAUAUCCAAAUAUAAAUAAACAUUUUCUUAAAUAUAUGCACGCCACAUUUAAAUUGUCAAAAAUAAACUUUUAUUUUUGGAUGUGAUUAAUCGUGAUUACUUUUUAGCCCAGAACCAUUAAUACUAUCAAUAACUAUUCGAUGUAUACAAUACUAACUAUUUUCAUCUGUUUAAAAUCUGCAUUCACAUUCAGUACCGUCUAUCUCAGGGCUGCCCAAACUCGGUUCUGGAGGGGCGGCGUCCUGCAGAUUUUAGCUCCAACUUGCCUCAAAACCCCUGCGCAGAUGUUUCUAGAAGGCCUUGUAAUAGCUUGAUUAACUAGCCCAGGUGUGUCAGAUUGGGGUUGAAACUAAACUUUGCAGGACACCGGCCCUCCAGGACCGAGUCUGGGCACCCCUGAUCUAUCUCAUUCAUCUUUGGUGUAGUAGUGACAGAAAAAUGGAGGUGUUUAAAUUUAUUUAGCUAAAAGCAAUCCAGUUAUGUGUUAAAUAAGAUGGUAAAAAUAAAAAGUGGUUUACAAAGCCUUUAAAAAGAUUCUAGGGAAAAUGUGUAUUCUAUAAUGCAGAAUAUAUCUAUCUAUUUUAAUUAAGUUUGUUCAUAUUUAUUUUUGAGUUCUCAAAAUUGCACAAUAAAUAUUGCACCUUGUUACUAUAUCCUAUGAGAAGUUGUUUGCUGUGUGUGCUGAGCUGUUGGUCAAACCAUUUAAUUCAUGCAUAGUAGUUUGCAAUGUCAUCUGCUUGUUCAGCCUACCAACCGGUGCCUUUUUCCUAACACUGAUACCAACAAGGUGCAAUACGUGCUGUUCUCUUUUAUGUUGCCAAAUGUGUUCGCAUUUUAUGUCAAGAGAAAACGUUAUUUGGUUAUUGAGUUAAAAAGGCAUGAAAGUGAUGUGAACUUCUAUUAAAAGAAUUCAAACAUA